AAGUGUCUUCUUUGACAUGACAGAUUCUCCUGGAGGUUCACACAAUGUUCAAAAGGCAGAAGUCCCUUGUUUCAGAAAGCAAGAGAGACCUUUCUUCCCCAGGAGCUACGCGGUCCACAGCGAAGAAUGACAUGAGAAAAUUUCAGUCUUUUUCUCAACUUAUACUCUCAGCGGGCCCUCUCAAGUCAGCUCCAGCAGUGAAACAUUUAAAAGCAGCUCACUUUGAGAUUGAAAUACUUGACGCGCAAACAAGAAAGCAGAUAUGUAUUGUGGAUAAGAUGAUGCAAACGUCUACUAUUCAUGAUAUUAAACAAAAGUUUCAUAAAACAUAUCCUAAGUGGUGCCCUUCCCGAAUUGGCCUGCAGCUAGAACAUGGUGGGCCUUUUCUGAAGGACUACAUAACCAUUCAAAGUGUUGCGGCAUCCUCCAUUGUCACACUCUAUUUUACAGACCUAGGUCGGCAGGUCAGAUGGACUACAGUAUUUUUGGCUGAAUACACAGGACCCCUGUUACUAUAUCUCCUCUUUUAUUUGAGGAUCCCAUUUAUAUAUGAUGUGAAAGAGAGCUCUAGAAGGUCCCGCCACCUAGUGGUACACUUGGCCUGCUUCUGUCAUUGUAUACACUAUAUUCGGUAUCUUUUGGAAACCUUAUUUGUUCAUAAAGUUUCUGCAGGGCAUACACCUUUGAAAAAUUUGAUAAAGGGCUGUGCCUUUUAUUGGGGAUUCACUUCCUGGAUUGCCUACUACAUUAAUCACCCACGGUAUACACCACCAUCAUUUGGAAACAGGCAAGUCACAGUAUCAGCUAUUAAUUUUCUGAUUUGUGAAGCUGGAAAUCAUUUCAUCAAUGUACUAUUGGCUCAUCCCAAUCACACAGGAACUAAUGCCUGUUUUCCAAGUCCAAAUUACAACCCCUUCACAUGGAUGUUUUUCCUGGUUUCAUGUCCUAACUAUACCUAUGAGAUUGGAUCAUGGAUUAGUUUCACAGUAAUGACACAAACUCUGCCAGUUGGAAUUUUUACACUUCUGAUGAGUAUCCAAAUGUCUUUGUGGGCACAAAAGAAACAUAAGAUUUAUUUGAAGAAAUUUAAUUCUUAUAUGCAUAGAAAAUCAGCAAUGAUCCCAUUCAUAUUGUAA